GGGAAGACCUUUGUAAGGUCAUUCGCAGCCAAUCGAGUUCGCCGUAUUAGUAGUAUCAUAGGGUAGUGUUGUGUUAAGUUAUCAGAAAGCGGCAUUUAAUCCGGAUUAGUGACUUCCUUAAAAACCAAAAAAAAUAUUGAAUCUAGGAGACGCAGGAACGAAUGUAAUUUAUCUAGUGGUGAACACUUGCGUGUUUUGAUUAAAAGAAGCAUUCUAUCGGGUGAUUGGAUUAGUCAAUGGCUAAUCCUCAUGAGUUGGAGAAAGAUGCAGAUUGGUUCAAAAGACUUGCAGUGUGGGAAGAGUCUCGGAAACAAUACAGAUCUGCUGCAUUUUACUACACUGAAGCUGCUCAAGCACUCUUGAAUUCUUUGGAAGCAGGCUCAAAAACUGAAGGUUUAUUAGAAUUAGCUCAGAAUUACAACAACAAAGUGAAAGAACUCAAAUCAAAAACUGUGGUGGAAGAUGCUUCCAUACCGAACACUCAUGUUUCUAAAAGCAAAGCUGAUUUUGCAAGGGCUCUUUUCUUACUGGAUGACGGUACUACGGAAGAUGAAAAAGGAAACUUCCACAAGGCUUUUGAGCUCUACACAUUGGCUGUAGAGUUAAUGUUAUCCAUAAAACAUGAUGUCCAGGAUCCCUCUUUACUUAAAUCCAUUGAAAAAUUUUCCAAAAGGGGUUUAGAUCGGGCAGAAGAAUUAAAGGCAUAUGUUCAAAGAACACAGCCUCCUUGUUCUGAUUCCCGUUCUUCUUGUAGCACUUUAACGUCAGGAACAUCUAAGAAAUCCCACGGUUUUCAUAAACCCAAUAUGUCUUCGUCUUUGAAAGGAGACCCUGGCGGUUUUACUGUCGAAGAACUGGAGGUAUUGAGGUCCACGUCCGUUAUAAAUGGUCGUGAGUAUUUACCGUUUCUUGACGCCCUUGAUCUACAAGAACGAUUUUCCUUUGCUAAUCCUUUUGUUGAUAAAGAUGGACUUUUAGCACUGUCAAAUAAACAGAAAUCUUUACUUAGCCGUUGGGUACGUCCCUCUGAUUACAUUAAUGGACCAAAAAUGAUUUUGGCAAUAUCAUGCUUUUCUAUAUGCCAAACUGUAGUUACUGAUUGUUCAUUUGUUGCAUCGAUGGCGAUUGCUGCUCAAUAUGAACGACGUUUUAAAAAAAAGCUCAUUACAAAUGUUAUAUAUCCUCAAGGCAUAACUAAUGAAGCUAUUUAUAAUCCAUGUGGAAAAUACAUGGUUCGUUUAAAUUUCAAUGGAGUUCCACGAAAGGUAAUUAUAGAUGACUUUUUGCCAAUGGGAAAGGAUGGAAAGCUGCUAUGUUGUUAUUCAAAUAAUCAAAAUGAAUUAUGGGUAUCUUUAUUAGAAAAAGCUUAUAUGAAAGUGAUGGGCGGAUAUGAUUUCCCAGGAUCAAAUUCGAAUAUUGAUCUGCAUGCAUUGACUGGUUGGAUUCCUGAACGUAUCUCCAUUCGAUCUAGUUCUACAAGUUUUGAUAAAGAUAGAGAAUUUCGUCGUCUUUUAAGUCGAUUUCAUAAAGGUCACUGUCUAGUUACAAUUGCAACUGGACAGUUAUCCGAUGAUGAAAGUGAACGGUCAGGUUUAGUUCCAACUCAUGCUUAUGCUAUGUUAGAUAUACGUGAGGUGGAGGGUUAUCGUUUAUUUUUACUGAAAAAUCCAUGGAGUCAUAUGCGUUGGAAAGGUAAUUUCUCUGAGCGUGAUUCAAAACACUGGACCCCCAGUAUGCAAGCUAAGCUGAAUUUUGAUAGAUCAUCUGCACAGUUAAUUGAUAAUGGUGUAUUUUGGAUAGAUUAUGAUUCUUUAUGUCAUUUCUUUGAUGUAUUUUAUAUUAAUUGGGAUCCAGGACUAUUUCAAUAUACUACAUGUGUUAAUGAUUGUUGGCUUGCUGGAUCUGGACCAAAGAAAGAUUCUUACGCUAGUGCUGAAAAUCCACAGUAUAAUUUGGAAGUUACUGCCCAAACUGAAUCACCUAUAUGGGUGCUUUUAACAAGACAUAUUGUAGAUAAAGCAGAUUUUGCCGAAAACAAAGAAUUCAUUGCAGUGGUUGUUUAUAAAGAUGUCAAAUCUCGUAAAGUCUAUUAUCCUUAUGAUCCUGCACCAUUUUGUGAUUCUGUACGUAUUAAUAGUCCACAUUGUUUAGUUAAAAUGCUUCAAGAUCCUGGGACAUGUAAUUACAUUCUUUUGAUUUCACAAUAUGAGAAAUCAAUAACAAUUUAUUAUACAUUACGUGUAUAUUCAACAGCACCAUUUACCUUGUCAAAAAUCAAAGAUCCCUAUACUAUAUCAAAACAAGUAUACAGAUGGUCUCAAUAUAUGCACAUCGAUUUCUACGUCUUCACAUCCCCUUACAAUGGAUGAGUUCUUGUCUCUCAUUGAACAAUGGUCUCACACUUAAUCCUUCUACAUGUUAGAAUGUUAAUUUUAGUUUGAAACAUGAAUAACGCUCAAACAUCUCAAAAAGCUUGUAGUAAUAUUCUUUGACAAAAACGGUAUCAAAUGUCAUUUAUUUUGGUGUAAGUUUUUCUUUUGAUCUCUUAAUCUAUUCAUGCUUUAUUGAAUUUGAGGAAAAUCUUUUUUUUGAAUUACUAUACAAACAGACCACAUGUUUUUGGCAUUGCUCCGUAUUUACUUUUACGGUUUAAUUAUUAUAUUGUGUUGUUCUUUACUAUUCCCCAUUAUUCUUUCCUGGGCUUUCGAGAAAAGAUUUUGCCGUAUUGCGGAGAGUGCUGAAGGCAUUUACCAGGAUUUGUGAUGAACUUUUGGGCUUAUUAUGUAUAUGGUUGCGGAUAGACAUUUAAAAUCUUGCCAGAUACUAACCAUCCAUUUCAUUUACAUCUGCCUCCUCGUAUGUCUUCUUGUAGAACGAGACGCUAUUUCAUUCAAAUCCGUGCACGCAAGCAAAGAUAUAAAAAUUCUACAACACUUAUCUCGCAAAUGUACUACGUGACGGACAAGUUGUAAGGGCUGACCUAUUUUGCUUUAAAAAAGAUUCAUUGAAUUCCAGAUUGUUUCAUUUACUUAUUUCAUGUAUAAAUGUGUGCAGUUAAUCACAUUUUUUUUCUUGUUUCGUAAAAUAAGGUUGUCAAAACAUUGUGUGCUGAUAAUUCCAUAUUGUCCUUAACAUAUGAUAUUGAAUAAAGCCAUUCGCAACAGUAAUGAUAAUUAUUGUCUUACUAAGAUCAGUUCAUGAGUUAACCUUUGAAAGGAUAUGCAGUAGUCUGUAUCAUACACUUACUAACAUAAUUCCAUAUUAAUAAUAAUAAUAAUAAUACAAUGAAUAAAUAUUUCUCUGGAUUUCCGAUUGUUGCAUAUAUUUUUGCUUCUUUUUUUAAAAUUGUAUUGUAGAUUACUGGUGAGUGGAAAGGAUCAAAUGCUGGUGGCUGCAUAAAUGACAAAGAAAGUUAUAGAACUAAUCCACGAUUUGAAAUUAAUGUACCAAAUAAUAAUUGUGAUAAUCAGCUUUUGAUUGAAUUGCGUGGACCAAGAGAUUAUGCACUGGGCUUAGAAUUAAUUCGUAUAUCUGCUACAAAUGAUCAAGCACCCAAUCAGCAAAAUCGAUCAACUACUGGAGAUUACAGAAGAGGAUAUGUUGUUCUAGAACAAGCUGGUCUCUCUGGCGGUGUAUACAAUGUAAUUGUUUCCACUUAUCGACCUGGCCAAGAAGGACCAUUUAUUCUCUCGAUUAAAUCUAUAAGUAAUUUUACAAUAACCCCUAUAUGAUGAAGAUAAUGAAGAACAUUACCAUAUCUCAAAUAAGAACUUUCGUCUAAAUUUGAACGAAUAGUUUCACAAUAUUUGGGCGCCGAGUUAAUUUGAGACAUUAAAAAGAAUAUAUUUGUAAAAUCUCAGCGAAUGAAUUUUAAGUAAAUCCAACGUUUCGCCUGGCAAUCUGGUCCAAGCUUUUUCAAGGAAAAUAUAAUCAAACAACAAAAUUAUCCUUGGAUAAUUUUGUUGUUUGAUUAUAUUUUCCUUGAAAAAGCUUGGACCAGAUUGCCAGGCGAAACGUUGGAUUUACUUAAAAUUCAUUCGCUGAGAUUUUACAAAUAUAUUCUUCUUUUUAAUUACCAUAUCUCAUUGUCAUCAUUACUCUGUUUUCUCUGAAGUCUUACUUCCGGAAAUUCAGAAAGAGUAUUUUUGAUGCGCUUUUUGUUUUUUAUUUACAAAAAAGUACUAAAUGAAUAUUCAGUUUAUAAAAUAUUCAAUCUUCAACUUCUGUUUGGUCAAAAUGAAAUAGUUCAAA